CAGAUAAUAGAUACGCCAGUUCACAGAUACUCGCCGAGAUUCUUAUAUCUGAAUCCUGAGAACUCAAAACUUCUUGUAAUUUAUUUUACUGUCUUUAUUAUCCUGGUUUGUGCGAUUUCAGUAAAUAGUAAAUUCAAGUUCAAAAAAAUACUUAUUCCUGUACAAUUAUAUAGGUAUUAGGUACCAUUCCUAAAUUACAUUAUUUUUUGGAAAUAAUAUUCUAUACAAAAACAAUCCUUAUUAUUUUUUUCUGUUAAAUGAUUGAAGUGACAUUAUAUUGAAUAUAAUGGUUAAUAAACCUAUAUAUUUUAACGACAUUGUUAAUGUUUGUGUUCUUACGUUUAACAUGAUCAUAUAAAAUUUGUUCUCUCUUAACCCUGCUGUAAUGGGAGAAUAUUAUCAGCAUUUUUUUAACAACCAUAAUAGUAUUGACCAUAUACUUGAACCGAGGUGCCCAGGGUACUAUUGUGGUCGACAAGACUUAGGUAAUGGACGUACAAGUGCUUGCGGUUCGUGUCCAUCGGGUACAAGAGUGAAUUCAUUUCAUAUUUGUCAACCAUGCACAGAUUCUCCAUCAUCAUAUGAUUUCAUGUACCUCCUAUUUAUGGCGACAGUGCCUUUAUUAUUCCAUGCCGUUUACAUAGAUCUUUCUUUGUCAUCAAUAAUAUGGGCAUACAAAGGAAAAAGUGGAAUUUCUCAGAAAAAAACAAAAACGAAAAUUGUCCUAAAUAUAUCAGCAAUAUUAGAAAUAUUUAUUGCAGCAGUUUCAGCAGUCCUAGUUGUUGAUCCUAUUGGUAAACUAUGGAUUCGAUCUUGUCGUACACAAUGGCUAUCUGAUUGGUAUACUGUUUUGUAUAAUCCAACACCAGAUUACCGUGAACCCCUAAGAUGUACUCAAGAGGCUGUCUAUCCAUUGUAUUCUAUGAUUUUUAUUUUUUAUUUGGCUUGUAUUAUUGUUUUGCUCACAAUACGUCCAUUGCUGUCUGCUUACUUCAGUCUUAACAGAGGGGCUUAUUUGAAAACUAUGUAUGCUGGAUUAUAUUUUUUCCCCAUAGCAGCUUUAAUUCAUGCAUUCCUAGGAGGUAUUGUUUACGUCACAUUUCCUUAUAUUGUAAUUGUUGUUUCUGUAAUAUCGAGUGCCAUUCAUUUUGCUACAGAAAUAAAUCAGUCUGCAAAGUAUUUGAUUUUGAACACUGUAUGUGUGCCAAGAAACAUACUGAUUGUAGCUGUGCAUUGGGUCAGUCACGGAUUUGGUAUUGUAGCCAUAACUCAGUUAGAAAAUCCACCAGUUGAUUAUGCUUUAUUGCUACUCAUUCCUUUACCAACCCUUUUCUAUAUAGCAACUACUCGCAUAAGUGAACCAUCAAAAAUUCUUGUAUUGUGAUUAGUGACUUUAUUGUUUCAAAUUUAAAAAAUGAACAAAUGUACAAUUAUUAACUAUAUUUUUAUACUGUAUAUAUAUUGUUGUUUAUGAAAUAA